AUGAUAGAACGAAGUAUUCGAAAUAUUCAAGGGCUUUGGAAAGGCGAAACAUAUGAGUUGAAGACAGGUUUGGUAUCUCAAUAUGCUCAUGAAAGAAAAGAGGCUAUUCAGCGAACUAUUGCAGCUAUGACUCUUGGAAAAGAUAUGUCUAUGCUUUUUCCGGAUGUUUUGAAAAACAUUGCAACCUCAGAUUUAGCUCAAAAGAAAUUGGUUUAUCUUUAUUUGAUGAAUUAUGCAAAAUCACAUCCAGAUCUUUGUAUUCUUGCAGUUAAUACGUUUGUACAGGAUUCAGAAGAUCCUAAUCCUUUAGUGAGAGCAUUGGCAAUUAGAACUAUGGGGUGUAUUCGUGUUGAUAAGAUUGUGGAUUAUUUGUUUGAGCCUUUGCGAAAAACACUCCGAGAUAGUAGCCCGUAUGUUAGAAAAACGGCGGCAAUUUGUGUAGCAAAGUUGUUUGAUAUUAAUCCAGAAAUGGCAAUUGAAAAUGGGUUUUUAGAGAUUUUGCAAGAAUUGAUUAAUGAUACUAGUCCAAUGAUUGUCUCAAAUGCAAUUGCUGCAUUGUCUGAGAUUGUUGAACUAUUACCUGAAAUUCAGAUAUCAAUUAUUACAUCUUCUACAUUACCAAGGAUUUUGACAAUAUUGAAUGAAUCUUCAGAAUGGGAACGUGUGGUUCUGCUUGGAAUUUUGGCGAAUUAUACUGCAGAAAAUAUGAAAGAAGCAGAAAGUAUUUGUGAACAUGUUAUUCCACAAUUUCAACAUGCAAAUGUAAGUGUCGUAAUGGCUGCUAUACGGGUUGUUAUGCGCAAUUUUCCUAUUAUCAGCAAAGAUAUGGCAAAACAGAUUAUGAGAAAAUUAUCUCCAUCUUUAGUUACGCUUGUAUCUUCUGUUCCUGAAGUUCAAUAUGUAGCUUUGAGAAAUAUAAAUCUUAUUCUUCAAGAAUAUCCUAAUAUUCUUGAUAAAGACAUUAAGGUUUUCUUUUGUAAAUAUAAUGAUCUAGAGUAUGUGAAACUAGAGAAAUUGAAUGUUAUGAUAAAACUCGCAAAUAAGCGAAAUAUUGAUCAGAUACUUUCAGAAUUGAAAGAAUAUGCUUCAGAAGCAGAUAUCGAUUUUGUUAGACAUACUAUUAAGAUUAUUGGACAAUGCGCCAUAAAGAUUGAGGAAGGAGCAGAUCAGUGUAUUAAUUUGCUUUUAGAUCUUGUUAAUACAAAGAUAAAUUAUGUGGUUCAGGAAGUUGUUGUAGUUAUUAAGGACAUUUUUCGGAAAUAUCCAAAUAAAUAUAAUGGAAUUAUACCUGCUAUUUGUGAAAAUAUGUCUUUGUUUGAUGAACCUAAUGCAAAAAGCUCUUUUAUUUGGAUUAUUGGUGAAUAUAGUGAAAAAAUCAGCGACUCACGAGAUAUUUUGUUGUCAUAUAUUAAUUUCUUUAAGGAUGAAGAUAUACAGACGCAAUUGCAACUUUUGACUGCCACUAUAAAAUUGUUUCUGAAAAAUCCCAAAAAUAACCAAGAAAUUAUACAAAAGGUUUUCGAAAUAAUAGAAUCAGGAUGCGAUAUUCCUGAUAUGCGUGACCGUGCUUAUAUUUAUUGGCGUUUGCUUUCAAAGGAUAUUGAAAUAGCAAAAGAGAUAGUAUUGCCAAGCAAAGUACCUGUUUUUUGCAAAAAUAUCCCUCCUAAGCUAUUGAGAGAGUUGAUUUGCGAAUUUUCAACACUUGCAUCUGUUUUUUAUAAAUUAAUCCCUACACAUGUAAAAUUAGAUAAGGACGGAAAAGAUUUGAUGAAACAAAAAGCAAUAGAGGAAUACAUGCAAAUAAACAACAGAACUCGUGCCAAUUUUAAAAGAAAUACAGAAAACCUUUUAGAUAUUGAUUUUGAUGCUGAAAAUACAAUCAACCCGGCUGAUGAGUCUUAUGAUAUUAUGUCUGGUCCCUAUAUUCCUAACUCCAUGAAACCUUCAAAUGUAGAUGAUCUUCUAAAUGCUUUUGGUUCAAACCAAGAAAAGCAAACGGAUUUGUUAAACAUGGAUAUGCUAAAUUUUUUAUAA